AUGUACGUUGGCUUCACUUCAUCCACAGGGUCUGUUCUUUCAGCUCACUAUAUUCUGGCUUGGACCUUCAAGGUCAAUGGGAAAGCUUCAAACAUAGAUCCAUCUCGUCUUCCUAAACUUCCUAGAAAAUUUCAAAAUGACUUUCCGAGUAGGCUGAAAAAGAUCUUAGCUAUAAGUUUGAGUCUUACCGGCUUCGUAGUCCUCGUCUUCUUUACCAUAAGUUUCAUGCUUUAUUUGAAAAGGAAGAAAUUAAUGGAAGUUCUUGAAGACUGGGAGGUUCAGUUUGGUCCACAUAGGUUCGCUUACAAGGAUCUCUACAUUGCCACAAAGGGUUUCAAGAACAAUGAGCUUCUUGGUAAAGGAGGGUUUGGAAAAGUAUACAAAGGUACAUUAUUGACGUCUAACAUGGACAUCGCGGUCAAGAAAGUUUCUCAUGAUUCGAGACAAGGAAUGAGAGAGUUUAUUGCCGAGAUCGCGACUAUUGGCCGUCUUAGACAUCCUAAUCUAGUUCGGCUUCUUGGUUACUGCAGACGCAAAGGCGAACUCUAUUUGGUCUACGAUUGUAUGCCAAAAGGCAGUCUUGAUAAGUUCCUCUACCACCAACCGGAACAGAGUCUUGAUUGGUCACAAAGAUUCAAGAUCAUCAAAGAUGUAGCUUCUGGUCUCUGUUAUUUACACCAACAAUGGGUUCAAGUUAUUAUUCACAGGGACAUUAAGCCAGCGAACAUUCUUCUUGAUGAAUCUAUGAACGCAAAGCUCGGUGAUUUUGGUCUGGCAAAGCUUUGUGAUCACGGGAUCGAUCCGCAAACCUCAAACGUGGCGGGUACCUUUGGAUACAUCUCACCGGAGCUUUCGAGAACAGGAAAGGCAAGCACAAGCUCUGAUGUAUUUGCAUUUGGAGUAUUCAUGUUAGAGAUUACUUGCGGGAGAAGACCUCUUGCCACGAGCUUCUUCGCCGAGCGAGAUGGUUCUUACGGAUUGGGUUCUAGAAUGUUGGGAAGAUGA